AUGGCGCCACCACAAGACGAAGAGAUGCUGGAUCCCUCAUCUUCCUCCUCCUCGGAGAACGAGUCUCAAUUCGACUCGGAAGAUGAGGCUCCCCAGAAAAAGCCCACCAUUGCGCUUUACGAUAAGGAUUCGGACGAAGAAGAGCUUGAACGUCUUGUUCUAGGUAACAAGGCUGGUUUCCGCGCGCAAUUGUUCAACGACGAUGGAAUGUUCAACAGCAAUUGGGAUGAUGAGGGAAAGGAGAUGCAGCUUGUUGAGCAGGAUCCUGGCUUAGAAGAAGUUGAGGAUGCGGACCUUUUCACGUUUGACACCGGCACUGGUGCAGGCGCUGCAAAUGUUACCAAGGCCGCAAAGCCUACCGAUUGGAAUGUCCCUGCUUGGGAGGAUAGCGACGACGACAGACUGGCAGUCUCACUUGCUGGAGCCACCCGGUUACGAAAACUACGAAAGACAGAGGCCGAAGAUCUUGUUAGCGGAACCGAGUACAGCCAAAGAUUGCGACAGCAAUACCUCCGACUAAACCCUCUUCCCGCGUGGGUGCGCGAAUCAGACGGACGGCCGAGUAAGCGAAGAAGAUCAUCGGCUGCAUCCAACUCUUCGGAUGAUAGCGACUCGGACUCGGAGGUUUCUGCGCAGCCUCUUGAGAAGUUCCUUCGCGACGUCAACAGUCUGGCUGGAGUUGGAUCAAACCAGAAGAGACGUCUACGGCCCGAGGUUAUUGACAUUCAGCGCACGCGAGAGAUCCCAGACAAGCACAACGCGCCUGUUGGCAGUCUUUCUUUCCACCCUGAGUACCCAGUCCUCCUGUCCUCCAGCACCGCCUCCGUCCUCUAUCUCCAUCACAUCGCGCCCGCCGCUCACCCUACACCCAAUCCUCAGUUGACCUCUGUGCAAAUCAAGCAAGUCGAUGUUCGACGGGCCGAAUUCUUAUAUCCCCAUGGCGACAAGGUUUUCUUUGCAGGGCGACGAAAGUACUUCCACCACUGGGACCUUAAGUCGGGAGCUGUGCAGAAGACGACGCAAAUCCUCGGACAUCGACUUGAGCAUAAGUCAAUGGAGCGUUUCAAGCUCAGCCCAUGCGGUCACUAUAUGGCGAUUGUGGCCUCUACCAAGAAGGGAGGCGGUAUCAUUAACAUUUUGAACACGACAUCUAUGCAAUGGAUUACUGCCGCUAGGCUAUCAAGUCGCAACGGUAUUGCUGACUUUGCUUGGUGGAGCACUGGAAACGGAAUGACUAUCCUCGGAAAGGACGGCCAGGUCGGCGAGUAUAGCAUGGAGAGCCGCUCUUUCGUGGGUAUAUGGCACGAUGAGGGUUGUGUCGGCGGUAUUGUCCUGGCUCUUGGUGGUCACCAAGGCCCAGCUGCUCUAGGCGACGAUCGCUGGGUUUCGGUCGGUUCCAACAGCGGUAUCACCAACAUUUACGACCGCAACGAGCUUCUCGUCCUCAACUCGGAGGAAGUUACCAUCAAGGAGCGCCCUACACCCACGCGAGUCUUCGAGCAGCUCGUUACACCCAUCACACACAUCACCUUUUCUCCAGAUGGUCAGUUGAUGGCUUUUGGAAGUCAGCACAAGAAGGAUGCGCUGCGACUGGUGCAUCUCCCUACUUGCACAGUGUACCGUAACUGGCCCACAGACCAGACGCCUCUUGGAAGAAUUACGGCGGUUGCCUUUGGAAACCAGAGUGACUUGUUGGCGGUUGGUAAUGACACAGGAAAGAUUAGGCUGUGGGAGAUUAGGAAUUAG